AUACAGAACACAGUAUGUGACUGAGGCAAAAGGUCUUUGUACUGGUAGAACAGAAGAAAGAUGGAAGAGAGUGUAUCGCUAAUAAGAAAAGAGAGCAGUGAGAAGAAGAUAAUAAGAUGGAAAGGAUGGAGUGAAGAAAUGAAGAGGAUCAUUGAGAUAGCAGGGCCUAUGGUGGCUGUGAGUGCUUCCCAAUAUUUGCUGCAAGUUGUGUCAAUAAUGCUGGUCGGUCAUCUCAACAAUGAUCUCUAUCUCUCCAGCGCCGCCUUGGCCAUCUCUCUUGCUACUGUCUCUGGUUUCAGUCUUCUUACAGGAAUGGCUAGUGGACUGGAAACAAUUUGUGGACAGGCUUAUGGAGCUCAGCAAUACCAAAGAAUUGGAAUACAAACAUAUAAUGCUAUAUUCUCCCUCUUAUUCGUUUGUCUUCCCCUGUCUUUCCUUUGGAUCAGCAUGGAAAGGAUACUAGUUUCCAUUGGCCAGGACCCUCAAAUUGCACAUGAAGCAGGGAAAUUCAUAAUUUGGCUUCUUCCAGCACUCUUUGCUCAUGCAAUUCUGCAGCCAUUAGUUCGAUAUUUCCAGAUGCAAAGUUUGCUUCUUCCCAUGCUUAUAAGUUCUUUUGUCACUCUUUUUAUUCACAUACCUCUUUGCUGGGCAUUGGUAUUCAUGACUAGACUGAAUAAUGUUGGUGGAGCAUUAGCAAUGAGCAUUUCAAUAUGGUCAAAUGUGAUUUUUCUUGGAUUAUACAUGAGAUACUCUUCUGCAUGUGCAAAAACCCGUACACCAAUUUCUAUGGAGCUGUUCCAAGGAACUGGAGAGUUCUUUCGUUUUGCUAUCCCUUCUGCAGUAAUGAUUUGCCUUGAAUGGUGGUCGUUUGAAAUGCUUAUCUUGCUGUCUGGGCUGUUACCAAAUCCAAAACUCGAGACUUCAGUUUUAUCCAUUUGUCUCAACACCAUUUCAACUCUCUAUACAAUACCCUUUGGAAUUGGUGCUGCAGCUAGCACUAGGGUUUCAAAUGAAUUAGGAUCUGGGAAUCCACAUGCUGCCCGUGUUGCUGUGUUGGCUGCAAUGUCUUUUGCAGUCAUGGAAACAGCUGUAGUAAGCGGUACACUUUUUGCCUGUCGCCAUGUUUUUGGUUAUAUUUUCAGCAAUGAGAAGGAAGUUGUUGAUUAUGUCACUAUCAUGGCUCCUUUGAUAUGCAUAUCUGUUAUAUUGGACAGUAUACAAGGUGUUCUUUCAGGGAUUGCUAGAGGUUGUGGAUGGCAACACAUAGGGGUUUAUGUCAAUCUAGGUGCCUUCUACCUCUGUGGGAUUCCAUUUUCUGCCACAUUGGCAUUUUGGGUACAGCUGGGAGGAAAAGGACUUUGGAUGGGUGUACAAGUCGGUGCUUUUGUUCAAUGUGUUCUACUUUCUAUCAUAACCAGUUGCAUAAAUUGGGAACAGCAGGCAAUCAAGGCAAGAAAGAGGUUAUUUGAUGGCCAAUUUUCAGCAGACAAUAGACUGGUUUGAGAAGGCUAUAGGAACAUUUUGUGCUCUCAAUUAGUAAUAUUAUUCAACACACGUGCAUUUCUAGAUGGGACCUAACUUCAGGAAGUAGCACAUUGCGAGUUGACUCCUAUAAUUGGGAGACAGUUUGAUCUUGCAAUGAGUAUCAAAGAAUAAUAAUUUAGUGGAAAACGAAAGAGAGAAUGUUUUAAUUCUCAUUGAUAUUAUUGUAAGAGCAAAUUCUGCUCGAGGUAUGUCCAUCACUAAUAUGUAAACGUUUCUUUUGGUAACUGUAAUUUGCUAUUUGUGAGAGAUUAGUCAUUUCCCAUAUACUCGAAUCCAUUGAUUAACAAGAGAAAAUGUUUGUGUCUACAACAAUGGGACUUCUCAUUUCAGCAACAACGACAUGUCUUACUCUUUCAAGCUUACAAACCUGAUAAGUUGAGCAAGCACUUGAUAGUCGAAUACUCAAGGAGAGUAAUCUCACUAGCUGGACAUAUAUCAAGGUAAAUUAUUUGAGAAAUUUUUAAAUAUCAUGACUUAUGAGUUUUAUGGUAUAAAAGGAUAGAUUUUAAUUCAAAUAAUAACUUUGUUAUGUCGUACUGUCUAAAUGUCUAAUACAUUUGAAUAAAUAAAUUAUAUGAUUUUGUUACACAAUAGCAUAAGAUGUAAUAAUAUAUGAAAAGCUUCGUUAUAUAAUGUCAAGUAAUGUUUAUUU